AUGAGCUUGGAAGACCCUAUUUUAUUCCUAGACGGUGGCCUAGCUACCGAACUCGAACGUGCAUUUGGAAAAGACUUGUCGGGACGAUUGUGGAGUGCGCAAUGCCUCGACCAAGAUCCUGAUGCCAUCAAGGCUGUACACACUUCCUAUUUCAAGGCUGGUGCCAACGUGGCAACGACCGCUUCUUAUCAGGCAUCAAUACGUGGAUUUCUGGAAGCCGGUUACCAACGUGAGCAGGCGAUUCAGCUUAUGCGAACAAGUGUGCGAUUAGCAUGUGAAGCACGUGAUGCGUUUGGCCGAGGGCUAGUUGCUCUUUCGAUGGGAUGCUAUGGUGCUGUGCUUGCCAAUGGUGCAGAAUACACGGGAGACUAUGGUGAUGCUAUUACGAUGGAUGACCUGGUUGAGUUUCAUCGAGAACGAUUAGAGAUCUUCCUUCAAGAACCAGGCAUCGAUUUCAUUCUCUUUGAGACGAUCCCUUCUUAUUUGGAAGCACAAGCAAUUCGAAAGUUAAUCCAUUCAAGUACGCAGCUGAGGCUUCCACCCGUGGGGGUAUCAUUUUCAUGCAACUCGGAUCAUACUAUUUCAGACGGCACAUUGUUACAGAAAUGCCUUGAAGAGUUUCAUUCUAUGCCUCAAGUAUUUGCAGUAGGCGUCAAUUGCACCAAACCUCGUUUUAUCCCAGGAUUGAUUCAAGAACUCACAAAGGAGAAAGAGGAAAAGACCAUUUUAUUAUAUCCUGAUGGAGGUGAAGAAUGGGAUGCUGUGGCUCGUCAUUGGAAACCAGAUACGCAUGUUCCUAUAGAUAUGUUUGGUUCAUGCAUGGCUGAAUGGGCUUGCAAGCAACUCAAGGGCAAAAAGAUCAUGAUAGGCGGAUGUUGCGGUACAGGUCCUGCUCAUAUAGCUAGUGUGAAGAAACAUGUAGCAUUGGAAUAA